AUGGUCCUUCUGUUGAUCCUGUCAGUCCUGCUUUUGAAAGAAAAUGUCCGUGGGAGCGCACAGUCCAGCGAGCGGAGGGUGGUGGCGCACAUGCCGGGCGACAUCAUCAUCGGGGCUCUGUUUUCCGUCCACCACCAGCCCACGGUGGACAAGGUUCACGAGCGCAAGUGCGGGGCGGUGCGGGAGCAGUACGGCAUCCAGCGGGUGGAGGCCAUGCUGCACACCCUGGAGCGGAUCAACUCGGACCCCACGCUGCUGCCCAACAUCACGCUGGGCUGCGAGAUCCGGGACUCCUGCUGGCACUCGGCCGUGGCCCUGGAGCAGAGCAUCGAGUUCAUAAGGGACUCACUCAUCUCCUCGGAGGAGGAGGAAGGCCUGGUGCGCUGCGUGGACGGCGCCUCGUCAUCCUUCCGCUCCAAGAAGCCCAUCGUGGGCGUCAUCGGGCCAGGCUCCAGUUCGGUGGCCAUUCAGGUCCAGAACCUGCUCCAGCUUUUCAACAUACCUCAAAUCGCCUACUCGGCCACAAGCAUGGAUCUGAGCGACAAAACUCUGUUCAAGUACUUCAUGAGGGUCGUGCCUUCCGAUGCCCAGCAGGCACGCGCCAUGGUGGACAUCGUGAAGAGGUACAACUGGACCUACGUGUCGGCUGUGCACACAGAAGGCAACUAUGGAGAAAGUGGAAUGGAAGCUUUCAAAGAUAUGUCCGCCAAGGAAGGGAUUUGCAUCGCUCAUUCUUACAAAAUCUAUAGCAAUGCGGGGGAGCAGAGCUUCGAUAAACUGCUCAAGAAGCUCACGAGCCACUUGCCCAAGGCGCGGGUGGUGGCCUGUUUCUGUGAGGGCAUGACCGUGAGAGGGCUGCUGAUGGCCAUGCGGCGCCUGGGGCUGGCCGGAGAGUUCCUGCUUCUGGGCAGUGACGGCUGGGCGGACAGGUACGAUGUGACAGAUGGCUAUCAGCGAGAAGCUGUUGGUGGAAUCACAAUCAAGCUCCAGUCUCCCGACGUCAAGUGGUUUGAUGAUUAUUAUCUGAAGCUCCGGCCAGAAACAAACCUCCGAAACCCUUGGUUUCAAGAAUUUUGGCAGCAUCGCUUUCAGUGCCGGCUGGAAGGGUUUGCACAGGAGAACAGCAAAUACAACAAGACUUGCAAUAGUUCUCUGACUCUGAGAACACAUCAUGUGCAAGACUCCAAAAUGGGAUUUGUGAUCAAUGCAAUCUAUUCCAUGGCCUAUGGGCUCCACAACAUGCAGAUGUCCCUCUGUCCAGGCUACGCGGGCCUCUGUGAUGCCAUGAAGCCAAUUGAUGGACGAAAACUUUUGGACUCUCUGAUGAAAACCAAUUUUACUGGGGUUUCUGGAGACAUGAUCCUAUUUGAUGAGAAUGGAGACUCUCCAGGAAGGUAUGAAAUAAUGAACUUCAAAGAAAUGGGAAAAGAUUAUUUUGAUUAUAUCAAUGUUGGAAGCUGGGACAAUGGAGAAUUAAAAAUGGAUGAUGAUGAAGUAUGGGCCAAGAAAAGCCACAUCAUCAGAUCUGUGUGCAGCGAACCAUGUGAAAAAGGCCAGAUAAAGGUGAUCCGAAAGGGAGAAGUGAGCUGCUGUUGGACCUGCACACCCUGCAAGGAGAACGAGUACGUCUUUGAUGAGUACACCUGCAAGGCGUGCCAGCUGGGGUCCUGGCCCACUGACGACCUCACAGGUUGUGACUUGAUCCCAGUGCAGUAUCUCCGCUGGGGUGACCCCGAGCCCAUCGCAGCCGUGGUGUUUGCCUGCCUGGGCCUGCUGGCCACCCUGUUUGUCACCGCGAUCUUCAUCAUCUACCGAGAUACGCCGGUAGUCAAGUCCUCCAGCAGGGAGCUCUGCUAUAUCAUCCUCGCUGGCAUCUGCCUGGGCUACUUGUGUACCUUCUGCCUCAUUGCAAAGCCCAAACAGAUUUACUGCUACCUGCAAAGAAUAGGCAUUGGUCUCUCCCCAGCCAUGAGCUACUCGGCUCUGGUCACCAAGACCAAUCGGAUUGCGAGGAUCCUGGCAGGCAGCAAGAAGAAGAUCUGCACCAAAAAGCCCCGAUUCAUGAGUGCCUGUGCCCAGCUGGUGAUUGCGUUCAUCCUCAUAUGCAUUCAGCUGGGCAUCAUCGUCGCCCUGUUUAUCAUGGAGCCUCCGGAUAUAAUGCACGACUACCCGAGCAUCCGAGAGGUCUACCUGAUCUGUAACACCACCAACCUGGGGGUCGUCACCCCUCUCGGAUACAACGGACUGCUGAUCCUGAGCUGCACCUUCUAUGCCUUCAAGACCAGAAACGUCCCGGCGAACUUCAACGAGGCCAAGUACAUCGCCUUCACGAUGUACACCACCUGCAUCAUUUGGCUGGCCUUUGUGCCCAUCUACUUCGGCAGCAACUACAAGAUCAUCACCAUGUGCUUCUCCGUCAGCCUCAGCGCCACGGUGGCGCUUGGCUGCAUGUUCGUGCCCAAGGUCUACAUCAUCCUGGCCAAGCCCGAGAGGAACGUGCGCAGCGCCUUCACCACGUCCACUGUGGUGCGCAUGCACGUGGGCGACGGCAAGUCCUCCUCGGCCGCCAGCAGGUCCAGCAGCCUGGUCAACCUGUGGAAGAGGAGGGGCUCCUCUGGGGAAACCCUAAGCUCCAACGGCAAGUCGGUCACCUGGGCGCAGAACGAGAAGAGCAGCCGCGGGCAGCACCUGUGGCAGAGGCUGUCGGUGCACAUCAACAAGAAGGAGAACCCCAACCAGACGGCCGUCAUCAAGCCCUUCCCCAAGAGCCCGGAGGGCCGCGGCGUGGGGGGCGCGGGCGGCGGCGGGCCCGAGCCCCCGGACGCCGGCCCCAAGGCGCGCCCCGCCGCGGCCGAGGCCGAGGAGAGCAGCGCCGCGCCGCGCGCGCCGUCGCCCAUCAGCACGCUGAGCCGGCGCGCGGGCGGCUGCCCCGACGACGAGGACGCGCGCUCGCUGCGCUCGGAGCCCGCGGCGCGCAGCAGCUCGUCUCAGGGCUCGCUGCUGGAGCAGAUCAGCAGCGUGGUGACCCGCUUCACGGCCAACAUCAGCGAGCUCAACUCUAUGAUGCUGGCUGCCCCGGGGGCGCCCGGCGCGGGCGCCGCGCUCUGCUCGGCCUACCUGAUCCCCACGGAGAUGCAGCUGCCCGCCGCCGUGAUGACCACGUUCGCCGAGAUCCAGCCGCCCCCCGCCGCCGAGGCCCCGCCGGCGGAGGGCGCCACCCGGGAGCCUUCCCCCUCGGCGGCGGCGGCCGGGCCCGAGGCUGCGGCCGGCAAGGCGGACCUGGAGGAGCUGGUGGCGCUCACGCCGCCGUCCCCCUUCAGGGACUCGGUGGAUUCUGGGAGCACCACCCCCAACUCGCCGGUGUCCGAGUCGGCCCUGUGUAUCCCGUCGUCUCCCAAGUACGACACGCUUAUCAUCAGAGAUUACACCCAGAGCUCCUCGUCCUUGUGA